GUCUUCCUCUUUCUUCCUUCUAUGAAAUUCUGUGUACGUCUACGUGCACGUGGGUUUUAGUUGAAUUUUUAUAUUCUAAUAGUUAGUUAUCAAGAAAGAAUUAAGUACUGUUUCAAAUAUGGUUCAAAAAAAAAUCAAGAAAAAGGUAGGCAAAAAGGUUGCUGCUGCCCCUUUAGCUGUGAAAAAAGUAGCUCCUGUGAAAGAAGUUAACCCUUUAUUUGAGAAGAGGACAAGGAACUUUGGAAUAGGACAAGAUAUUCAGCCUAAAAGAGAUCUCUCGAGGUUCGUAAAAUGGCCAAAAUAUAUCAGAAUUCAAAGACAGAUGGCUGUUCUGCAAAAGAGGCUUAAAGUUCCACCACCAAUUAACCAAUUCACCCAAACUGUGGACAAACAAACUGCUACACAACUUUUCAAGUUGUUGGAGAAGUAUAGACCAGAAACAGAGUUGCAAAAGAAGAAUAGGUUGAAAGCUCGUGCUGAAGCUAAAGUUAGUAAAGGAACCAAAAAGGAAACUGCGAUUCCUGCCAAACCUAACACGAUUAAAAGUGGAUCUAAUACUGUAACUAAAUUGGUAGAACAGAAAAAGGCACAAUUGGUUGUGAUUGCACAUGAUGUGGAUCCAAUUGAAAUUGUGCUCCAUCUUCCUGCUCUUUGCCGAAAAAUGGGAGUACCAUACUGCAUUGUGAAAGGAAAGGCAAGAUUAGGACUGCUAGUCAGACGUAAAACAUGCACAUCCCUUGCUUUAACUCAAGUUGACAGUGGAGACCGAACAAAUUUGACCAAACUUUUGGAAGUAAUUAAAACCAACUUUAAUGAUAGAGGUGAUGAACUUAGAAAGCAGUGGGGCGGAGGAUUGCUUGGAUGCAAAUCAGCUGCUCGAAUUGCGAAGAUUGAAAGUGCUAGAGCUAAGGAAUUGGCCCAGAAGCAAGGUUAAAUUUUUCUUGUAUUCUAUACAAGCUAAUAAAUAAUUUUAAAUAUU